GCAGGGUUCCAUCACAUGUGAGAGCCCGAGACAGCCCUGAACCAAUAACACAACUCAAUUGUCAAAUCUCCAGCACAGGCAAGGCAGAGAAAACGCUGAGGCAACCCUGAAAGCUCAGCUGAUUGGGUUGUCCUGAGCUGACUCAACCUUGCCUGACGCUCGCCUGACAAGAGACGAGCUUCAAGACCAGAACCGACCAGCUCCGUAAGAGCCACCAGCUGGUGGAGCUUGGAAGAAAGAGCCUCUUUUCUUGGCAGCGCGGAGAUUGCAUAGCUGAACGCCAAACACAGAACUGUGGUCCUGUUUAAAGUUUUCGCAAUGGCCCCGAAUGAGCCGUCUUUUGCCGCGAGGAAGGCUGUGCCGAUGGGAACCUACGCGCUGCCGUCAAAGGCGACUUGGUCAGCCAUGACCCCGUCGUACGUGGCUCCUCACCUGUCUCCACCGUCGCUACCUCCCUGUCAGCUCGCCACUCGUCAGCUCCCCCCGCUCCUUCCUCCACCGCAUCCGCGCGCUUUCAUCCCUACCGACCACCACCCCUACUCCUGGUCCGAGCCCCCUUCAUCCUCGAUGGCGAACCGGCCAUUGUUUCGCGCAUCUGUCGCCAUUCGGGGGUCACGAGCAGGUUCGGUUCCGUCAGUCCCGCCGUCGGCGACGGGUUGUGCUGCGAGCGCUGGCGUUCCCUGGAGCAGGAGUGGCGGGAGGACUGACAGUGGUCAUCGGCAGUCGGUCGAAUCCUCGCAUCAGCACGAACCCCUUUUCGCGUUACGGUCUCCACUUCUGGCAAUGUCGAAGCAUCUGCAGCGUUCACAUCAGUGUCAAGCGCUUGAACGGAAUGCAGUAGAGCAGAGAAAUUCCUGUCAGGAGCACCUGCACGGGGUGGUUUCCGAGGACAAGCCCAGUCCAAAGGCCAUUCCUUGUCAAGGAACCAGUGAAGGAAAAAGUUCGGAGCAGACGAAUCCAGGAGCGUCGGAAGGCAAGCUGGUGGUGGAGGAGGUGGAGAUUCUCGAGUUCUCCAAUGACGACAUUGCAGGCCCGAUUAACCAGAAGCCGCUGACUGUGCCUCAGGAUGCGCCCUUAGACCUGAUGCAGGAGGAGCUGCUACCUCCCGCCGCUCUUUCCAUGGGUGGCCUUGAUUUCCCUUACGACUGGUCAACAUUCUCCUCUCAGGACCCAGAACCAGAGUCUUUGGAAACCCCCAGGGGAGAGCUCCCCACAAUCGCCUCUUUGGAGUCUCUCCAGGAGGAGGGUGUUGGCAGCCCUGUGUCAGUCCUGAGGCGGCAUGGCAGCUCGCCAGGCUCAGCAACCUCUCUCAGCGACAAGCCUCUUGAAACCGUGCAUUCGAGCAACAGUCUGCACUCGGGCGACAAUCUCGAUCUGCAUUUGGGAGGGCUGGCUGGCCGGGUUCUUCUGUACCCGGAAUUUGGCCAAGAAGAGGGAGCGGAUUUCAGUGGGGUGAUGGAGGACGACGAAAUGUGGGCUUCUCUGAGUUCACCCGAAGCUUCGGAGGGCUGGCUCGCUGCCGCGUGCCUUGCUACCUGCUGGCCCAAGGCGCCGCGGUCGAAGAGACGCCGGGUUUCCAUGGAGGCGUCUGGCACUGAUGCUAGUGCGCCGUCUGCAUCAGUUGGUGCUGCCGCGAGUGAUGAGGGCAAGGGGCCCGGCGACCUGAUUGAGGGCUUCACUGUGGCUGAUUCUGCAAAUUUAGACGGCCUCCAAGCAGCUGCUUCUGAGUCCAUGGCAUCCGAGCCAACCGUAUUUGCGUCUGCGUCCGCUUCUCUCUUCUCGGGCUAUAUCCCCCAUGCGCUCUCGUGCAACUCUCUGUCAGCUGUCGCUGCGCCCCAGUCAGCAUCUGCGUCAGCAGCGGCAGCAACUUCGUGGGUCCAGCCGCGCACAGCGUUCCUGCAGGCCCUUCUGGAGGACGUCAGGAGGCCAAAGCGUGUGCGUGGCUCCGCUGCUUCCGCUUCUACUUGGCGGUAUGUAGCGGUGGAGGACCACCACGAUGGGGCAAGCAGCGAUGGCUAUGCUGGGCAAACUCGGGGGCCCCUUCGCACCCCAAAGUUCAAGAGAGAUGCUGCAACUGCGUUUGGCCCCACGGCUCUCGGCGUGCUUCAUCUGCUGCCUGGUUCUUCCAGCAGUGCGAGCCUCUACACCUCGGAAUCCGCUGAGGCGUGGAACUCACCCUCGGGUUCUGGUUCCCCUGGCUGGUCCGACACAGUUGCUGCAAGUGCAGCUGGUGCUGGUCCUGCUGGUGCCGGCUCUGGAUGGUUCAGGACGAACAGCACCAGCAGCCUCGAGAGCUUCUCGGGCACUUCAAACGCCAGCGCCAUCCCUUCUCUAGCCCUGCCGCUGCCGGCUUUUGUCAGCAAUGUCAGCGGUGGCGUGCGCCGGUGUGUGCACUGCAAGUCAACCAAGACCCCCCAGUGGAGGAUGGGACCUGCAGGGCCGAAGACCCUGUGCAAUGCUUGCGGCGUGCGGUUCAAGAAGGGAAAGCUCUGUCCCGAGUACCGGCCGGCCAACAGCCCAGAGUAUGAGGAGAGCAAGCACUCGAACCAGCACCGCAAGAUCCUUGCCAUGCGCAGCAGCAGCAUGGCCGCUGCUGCCAGCUGAUUUCUGUGGCCCUUCUUGCUGCUGGGAAGUGCUUCAAGUGGUUGAGCGGAAGUUCGCCCCUAAGGGGAGUCAUGGCUGGCUGGAUGACUUGCAAGCCUUCACUUCCAGUGCCUACAACGUCCACUCUAGGUUUUGGGUCGAGGUGACCCGGUCAGCAUGGCUUGCCUUUUGGAUUGUUUGAGUGCAUUCUUGAGCUGCAGGUUGUAGACCUCUGCUGGUUUGCAUUUUUUGUGUAGUGUCUGUUUUGGUCUUGCACCUGCAAUCACAUUGGAUUGCAUCUGAAAUCGGUGCCUGUUGUGUUGGGCUGAAAAAGGGGGCUAGGAUCUUUUCAGAGAAUAAGUCCCACCUGUAUGGAAUACUUGAGUGGUGCAGCGGAAGUGUUGAGUAGUCGAACCCUUGCACUAGUAUGUGAGAGCAAGUGAUUGAUUAAAAGAAACAAGCAUAC